AGAAGCCCCAGCAUGGCCGACCUGUACCUCUUUGCUUGGCUUCGGUACCACCACUACGCUGCUGCCUCGUGUGCUUUACUGCCAACGUUUUCAAGUGAAAGAGCCUGGAAGCUUGUAUUCAGCAACGCUGUCUUGGGGAUGAUGGCUCUAGUAGUUAUACGGUUCUUUUGGGAGCAUAAAUAUGCUAUCUCAAAUGAAUAGAGGGAUUUCUGGUUCAUGGUUUUGCAUCCUGACCAUUAUGUUACAGUACCAAACAUUACUUAAAUUUCCCCAUAUAGAGUCUGAAAUUCUAUUCUCUUUUUGCCUUCCCUUUGUCCUUCUGAAAGCUGUAAAUGUAAUACUAAAAAGCAAUUUGAGAGUGUGAUACUCUACAGUGGUGGUGCUUCAUAUACAAAAUUUUAAAUUCAUAGAGUGUGAUGUGAAAGUGGCUAUCCAGUACAUCAGCACAUGUUUCCGAGCAUUAUGAAUUGAGGCCAUGUCUCUUUAUUGAAAUAAUAGGAAGCAUUGAAGGAAUACUUUCAAAGUGGUUGGCUUUAUACAUGCACAUGGGGCUAUCAUGUAGGUCAUUCAGCAGACACAUGCUAUUCUUAGUGUAACUAUCACCCAGUCUGUUUUUAAUUUAUUGUUUGGGAAUGCUAGAUUCAAAUGGGAUUGGGUGGGGAGGUAGCAGAGCGUGAUCCUCAGCGUUAUAGGAGCUAUCUCUGGUCUAGGAUAGAGGAAUCUGAAGAAUCCUGUGGCCUUCUAGAUACUGUAGGUCCUGGAAUUCUGACCCAAACACUGCUCAAUGCUGGCGCUCAUGUAAUAGCUCUAGAGAGUAGUGACUCCUUUGUGCCAAACUUAGAGUGUAUAAAGAAGAAAUUAGAUGGCCAACUUGAAGUGGUGCACUGUGACUUCUUCCAUUUGGACCCUAUGUUUUUGGGGUUAAUUAAGCCACCAUUGAUGUAUUCUGAGGUACUUUUUGAGAACCUGGGCAUCUUGGCUGUUCCUUGGACAGCAGAUGUUCCUCUGAAAGUGGUUGGAAUUGUCCCACAAAAAAAGGAAAGGAACCUACUUUGGAAGCUUAUCUAUGCCUUAUAUGAAAGAAAUUCUGUAUUUAAAUAUGGAAGAGCAGAACUGAACCUGUUUGUCAGUGAAAAGCAGUACAAGACUCUUAUUGCAAAGCCUGGAGACUCAAGAAUUUAUCAACCACUAAGUGUACUUUCCCAAAUAGCCUGUGAUAUUCAGCUUCUGCAUAUGGAGCCUUGGUCUUCAUUUUUAACUAAUUCAAAGAAUGACAAGCUCUAUGUUCCAAAAAGUGUGUUGCUGCCGAAUGACCACUUAUGCUUAGUACAGCUGACACCCCGGAAGAAUUUAUUUACAGACAACUUGACCAUUAGUAAUUCAACCAUAUUUAUUGCAAUGGUAAAACAGUGUCUUGUUCGAACCCGGACAAAACUAAAAGAUAAACUAAAUUUAUUGUGUCCUGAAUCUGAGAAGCAACUGCUGAGUCAGUUAGAGAUACCAAAAGACAUUACAACAGGUUCUCUAUACCCAGAACAAUACAAAGCACUUUUUGAAACAAUUGCACAAUCUAAUUAUUUUGACCAAAUGCAGCUUUAUGAAGAUGACUAUUUAGAAGAUCUCAGGGACAUUAAGCGUUUAAAGUGAAGCCUGUUUACAUUGAAGAGAUGCAAACUGACCUACAAUCUCUUUACUUGAUAAAGAUUUAUCUAUCCAAUGAAGAUACUGACUAAAAAUAUAAGAUCAUAUUGAUGCAAGCAAGAGCAAUUAUAGUUCCUGCAUGGACAAUUUUGAAGUUGCUGUAUCUUCUAAUAUGGAAAGGCAAAAUCUUGUUUCCCCCUGUAAAUGCUGUAGUGAGUGGACUUCUGUGAGGAGCAUUUCAAGUAAGGCAUGAUUUGUACUUUGUUUCAAAAGUAACUUUAGCAAUGCUGAAAUGCAUUGUACAAAAACUAUUUGUAAGACGAACAGAUACCCUAAAUCAAAAUGUUCCCAAAGCGAAGAAGAAAAAAACGGCAAGAAAAUAUUUUCAGACAUUUGAGUUAUACUGGAAAUGUCCCCAAAGUAGAAAAUGUCUAUGCUGCACAAUGCAUAUAGUGUACUCAUCCUGUUUUCUGAUCAGGAAUGUAACUGCAGUGUAACAGUUUGCCUCAUUACAAACCUCUUCCUAAUGUAUAAAAUGUAAAUAUUUGUACUAAAAGAGCAAUAAAGCUAUUUCUGUCUAGUCAAAA